AUGCAUAUGUACAUCACGAUCCAGUAAAUGGUUGGUUAACAAGACCAGAUUAUAAAUGUAUCAUACAUGGAAAAGAAGGACAUCCUUAUUUCGCCGUAAAAGGAGAUCUUGCAUCCUGGAUUGAUGGGAAUGAUAACGAAAAAAAAUGUUUACCUGAAGCAGAAGGCAAAUCAACAUUAUCGAUACUAGAAUUACAUGAAUUAAUCAGAUACAUCGCGUGUGAAAAAGUAAAAAUGCAAGAAUACAGCAAAGAGGAAACCCAGAAACUUAAAGAUCUACCAGAAAAUUAUUGGGAUGACUAUGGGUUUGAUAAAAUAAAAGAAAAACUCAUUGAUAAAGAAAACACCGUGAUAAUCAUUGAUGAAGCACAUGAUAAGAGUGUUAAAAAUACCGCGUACCAACACGUUCCACCGUUAUUGAUAAGAAUGGAUUAUAAAGUAUUGUUGAUGAGCGCGACAUUUGAAGGAAAAGAUUUUUCUAUUUCCACAACUAAACCAAGAAAAGUAAUGUCUUUAACUAAAUUCGGUAAUCAAGUUAAAUGGGAAGAAGAAAAACAUCUUAUUUAUUUUGCAACCACAAAAGAUAUUUAUGGAAGAACUGUGACUGGUGAAAUAGAUUACAAUAAUAAAAUAUUGAUUUCGGGAUUAAAACCUGAAAAAAGAAAAAUGUUAGAAGAAAGUGGUAUUCCUUUUGUAGUGUUUGAUGAUACCAAUUCUGAUGCGAUAAGUUCCAUCACACAAAACAUGCCAACAGGAUCAAUAUUCUUAUUUAACAUCGAUCAUGAAAUGGGAAUUUCGCCUUGGGCAAGAGUUUUAAUUUUGACUGGUGAGACACUUGAAGAACCGCUUGGUCGUGGUCCAAGUAAUGCGGAAAAAUGGAGAAGAGCUAAUUUUGUGAUAAGAUACUCAUCAUUAGCUAGUAUGAUACAAAGAAUCGGGAGAGUUGGAAGAAUGUUGCCUGGAUGGGCUUUUUUACUUACCUUAAAACUAGAAGAAACUAAACCAUCAAAAGAUGUUAUCUACCAUUUGAUUAAUGGGAUAAUAGCACCUGCUAGUGAAAACCCCAUGGAAUAUCUAGCAAAAAAUAAUUAUAAACUAACAAAAAAAUCAGAUGAUUACACAUAUCAAAAUUUCUUAAGAUUGGCAGUUGCUUUACCGAAAAAACGAGGAUUACCAAUUGAAGUUGUCAUCAUUGGAACAACCAAAGAUGCGAGCGGAAAAUAUCCUAUUUUUAACAUGAAACCUGAUCCAAAAAAAGAUGCUGGAUUGAUAAGAGAAGAAGAUUUAGUAUAUUGGCAUGAAAACGAAUCACCUCAACCUCCAACAAUUAACAAAGAAAAUCAAAAAAAUAUUCAAUUAAUCAUGCUGGAAAAUCGAUUAAGUUCAUUGGAUCUGGAGAAACAGAAAAAGGUAGAAAUUAAAAUAGAAAAUACUCUUGUUGAUAAAAUUUGGGAUUUCUCUUCUUCAAAAAGAAACGAGAAAGGAGAAUUAAUUCACGAAGAAAUACCUCCUGAUAAAGUUGAAUUGAUAAAAAAUGAUGUUUGGAGCGUGAUUAAAAAGGUUUGGCAGAAAAAAAUAAAUGAAGAAAAAAUUAAAUUUAAAAAAUCUGAUCAGAAUCUAUUUAAAGAAUACGUUGGUUGGUACAAAUUUGUAAAUAAUUUGACAAUCAAUGCUGAAAGAAAAAAAAAUAGUAAAGGCGAAUUAAAAGAAGAAUGUGUUAUUGAAAUUAAUUACAAAGACAAAGAUUUAAAACAGAUAAGAAAAGAAGAUAUUAUAAAUUAUUCAUUAAUCAAAUCCAUACCAGAAACUGAAUAUGAAAUUUGUGAUAGAUGUAAUUCUUUUACCUUGGGAUUAUUUGAAAUAUUAUGUCUCAGACAUGAUCCUUUAUACAUAUUUCGGAAUUUAAAUUUUAUGGCACAGUUGAUCAAACAGGGAUUGGAUAUGGAAUUAAAUUUGAUCAUACCGAAAAAGGAAAUAGAUACGGAAUUUUACGAAACCUUAAAAACAAGAAUUGCUAACGAAAUGGAUAUUGAUAAAUUAAAUAAUGAAUAUAGCAAAGAAAUUGAAGAAAGAAAACCUAAUCUUGAAGAACAUAUGUACCAUGAAUUACAUCAUUUAAGAAAAAAACGAAUAGAAAUGCUCAAGAUAUUUUACAUGCUUAAAGAAAAAAUACUACAAACUAAAUUAUUUGAAGAUUUAGAAAAAAAUGGUGAAAUAUUCAACCUGAUCUCAAAUACGGAAUUAAAAAAUGAGAUGUUAAAAAACGAAAUUGAAAAUUUAAGAAUAGGAAAGAUUAGCGAGCUUAAAAUGGCAAGACUUGAAAAGGAAACAUAUUUUACACGUGAAAUAAAUAACAGUAAAAACGUUCAAGAUUUAGAAGAUGAUGAAGAAGCAAAAUUCAAUAAAGAAAUUUCCGAAUGUGAUGUCUUUACAAAAGAAUUAAAGCAAAAGUAUAAGAAAAUGAGAGAAAAUCGUUAUUUUUUAAUAUUAAAAUAUAAAAGUAUUUUGGAUCAAAUGAAAAUCGAUGAUAACCUUGAACAUUUUAAAGAUAAUGAAAAAUACGACCGCAAUCAAAUAUCACAUGAAAAUAAUUAUGAAAAAAUAUUUAAUAAUUAUUACUCGGAUAAAAUUCAAAAAUCACUUAAUUUAUCAGAAUAUCAAGAAAAUAAAUUAUAUACUUAUUUAAAUCAAAAGAUUGAAGAAUAUAAUUUUUACAAUGUGUAUUUAAACAAAAUACAAAAUUGUGAAAAUGAAAAAGAAAUAGAAAGCUUAUUUGAGAAAUACAAAAAAUUUUAUAAAACAUUUAACAAAAAUAUGUUUAAAACCAUUUAUGAAAAUCUUUAUAAUAAAUAUCUAAAUAUUAGCAAAAAUAAAUAUGAUAAUGUUGUAGAUGACGAAACAGGAUUAAAAAAUAAAAUAAUAUAUGAGAUGGAAAAAACAUUAUUUCUACCAACAUUAGCAAAAAGAGGACCAAUAGAUACAAUAAUCAAUAAAAAAAUAAACAAUCAAAUAAUCAAAGAAGAAUUACAAGAAUACCGUGAAUAUUUAGAAAAAAAAUUACAUGAAACAUAUAUCAUCUUUAACUUGGAAAUAUAUUUAAAGUUGAUUAACACACAAGAAAUCAUUAACAGAAAAAUCAUUAAUAUUAUAGAUAAAGAAUUUAUUAAACUAUCAAUAUUUAAAGAUUUUCAUAAUAUUAUUCUCUAUAGAAAUUCUUUUGAUUAUCUAGAAAAACGAAUCAAGAUUCAAUAUAACAAAUGUCUCUAUAGAAACAUUGAAAAUGAUUUAAACCAUUAUUCAGAAAAUAUUGAAUAUUUUGAAAAUAAUAACAAAUACGAAACAAAAAUACAUUUGUUGAAUAAAGAACUAGUAAAUGAAAAUCAAAUCAAAUCAUUGAAUGAUAAGAGAAUCGGCAAUCUUAAACAAUUUAAUACUCUUUCAAAUAAAAUAAUAGAUAUGAAUCAUCAUAAAAAACGAACAAUAAAAUUAUUCAUGAAUAUAAAAGAAAAAAUAUUUUUAGAAACAGAUAUUAACAAAUUGGAAAAUCACAUAAAACAAGAUAUCGUAUGGUCUGAUUACCAAAAAGGUAAAUUAUCAGAAUACACCAAACACACUUUAAGAAAUCUGGAUCUUUAUAAUAAAUUGAAAAACCAAAUAAUUAACUGUGAAGAUAUUGAUGAAAUAGAACAUGACAUCAUGCAAAAAUUCAAAAAAAUAUCUUACACGAUGAAUUUGAAAUUAAAAAUCGAUUUAUUUCAACAUAUAGAAAAUAAAUUUUUAAAUUUACAUAAAGAUCUUGAUAUCAUAAAUGAAAAUAAUAUAGAAGAUAUGAUAAAAAAUGAAACAGGAUAUUUAUUAUUAAACACACGUAAUGUCUAUGAUGAAAAGAUAAAUUCCUUGAUUGAUGAUCCUAUCUCUCAUACAGAAUAUCAAAAAUUUCGACAAACAAUUUUCAAUACUUUAUUCAGAUACGAAACAAAUAUCAAAUUAAACACAUACCUUGAUCUCGCUUCACACAACACCACAAGUAAUUUCAUCAAUUUUUGUUUGAAAGAAAUCGAGUUUAUUUUAGAAAUCGGAUAUUAUUCAUUAGGAAACAGUACCAUUCUAUAUAAUAAUAAUAAGCAAAUAUUAAUACCUGAUUACAAAGAUAAAAUUAAUCAAAUCAAUAAUUUAAAUAUAUUAUAUAACAAAAUCAAAUACAGAGAAAUUGAAAAAGAAAUCAU